AUGGCCUUUCGCAGCUUCCUACUGGUGCUGCUGGCCGUUUGUACCUGCACCGUCCUGGCUGCAAGUGAUGCGGCAGCUUCCAAGCUGCCCAAGUCUGUCACUCUUUCGUAUGAAUUGAUCGGCUCUGCCUCAGUCAAACCGCUCGUCACCAUCUUUUACGACCCAAAAACCUCCAAGCACGCUCUGUCCUCAUGGACUCCCCCGUCUCUCGACUCGCUCAAGUCUACCACUCCCGAACCCACCGCCUCGAAGUUGCUCCGAAUUCUUUUGCCGAAUGGCAGUUCUACAAUAACAACUCUCGACACGUUCGGCGAUGAUGCUCACCAGAAAAUUGACCUCUGGAUAUCUCCAGAUGAUGGCUCGGUCUUCUCUGCUUCGGUUUCCGGCCUUUCAUUACCCCCAUUGUCCACAGAAGAAGAACGCUACAGGAAGAAAGUCGCGAGAGCCAAGGCAAAGGGAAGGCCAAUACCACCCCGGCCUCCAGUUCCUAAUACAAAGAAAGCGAGAGAAGAAGCGGCGAAAGCAGCAGCUCUGCACGAGCCUAUUAAAGUCAAUCUCAUCACCUCCAGCGCCGGCCCCUCCCCUGAUUUAGUAACUAGGAAACCUCCUCAGGUCGAUGCCGAGGGCAGGGAGAUGGCGCAGGAAGAACAACAAGAGAAGAGCUUCUUCCAGAAGUACUGGUGGGUGUUUUUGAUAGCCACCAUGCUUAUGAUGACUAGUGGAGGAGGGGGAGAGAAAUGA